GCUUCUUGAACAACGUUCCAAUUCCCUCAAGUCUCAACCUUUCCAAUUGAAAUUCAAAUUUCCUUAAAACCCUUUUCUCUGUUACUCAUAUAGCACCUACUGCUUCUCCCUUUUUCCCUAUCUAGUCUUGUUUACACCAUUUCACAAGCACCAUGGGUGCAUGUUUGAGCAAGAAGAAAGGGUCUAGUGGAUCUAAUUCAAUUUCCACAGCACCCCCUCAGCCAAAGAAUUCAGAGAAUGUUGUCACUGUCACCAUGUCCAAACCAGAAGUGGUGUCCCCCAAGAACAAGAAACUAGACACAGAAAUUGCAAAAGAAGAUGAAGGGCAAGUGAAAAAGGAGAUUUUCAUCAUCAAACACAGGAAGAGCCAUGAUGAGAGGGAAAGAAACUGCAAGAUUCCACCUUACAGCCCUCAGAAGAAUCUGCAAGCAAAAUCAGGAGAUGGGUUGUCUUCAUCAGAAGCUGAAUCAAUGGGGAAGAACAAGGUUGCAAUUGCAGUUGCAAAUGCAAUUGCACCAUCCACACCAAACAUGGCUGUGACUGGUGUGAGGACUUCAAGCUGCACCAAGGAAGAGGUUGAUGCAAUUCUCAUUCAGUGUGGGAGGUUGAGUAGAAGCUCUUCUGGUAGAGCUGCUUCUUCUUCUGGUGGGAGAAAGUACUCUGGUUCUAAGAGGAGUUUUGAUUUUGAUCACUGUGACAAUGAUGCAGUUUCUGCUGAAGAUGAGACUAAGAGAGCCAAUGGAAGUGACAAUAGUGAGGAGUAUGAUGCUGCUGCUGAAGGGAAACGCCACCACCAGCACCGCCAGCGCCACCGCCAGUCGCCGAGGCCUUCUUCUUCUUCUCAGGGAAGGAGAAGAAGCCCAAGCAGGGAGAGAGAUCAGAAUCAAAAUCAACGUUCCAGCAGCAGAGAGAGGAGAGUGAGUAGAUCUCCUGGGAGAAGAACAUCUGAGACCACAACAUCUACUGCCAAUGCAAGCAACAACAACAACAACACAGUUUCUAGGCCUGGGAAAUUGGUGUCUGUUCCUGCUACUGUUUCAUCACUGGUUAUGGAUAAGAGCAACAAUGGUAGUGGUGGAGGAGAGAUUAAGAGGGUUGCUGUUAAGAGAAAUGGUGGUGAAGGAGGGGUUGUUGGUUCAAGAGGUGCAGCAUCACCACGUUCUCAGUCUCCUGCAAGAGCUAAUGGACGUUCUCAGUCUCCUGCUAGAGCAAAUGGAAUUGCAGCAAAUGGGAAAGUGCUGGGUGAGAAUCAGCAGCAGCAGCAGCAGCAACAACAACCCUCCCUUAGCAGGAACAACUCUGCAAGGAAAGCAGAACAUUCUCCUUACAGAAGAAACCCUCUAAGUGAGGUUGAUCCUAACUCACUUGCUUACCCACAAUCAAACACCAAUGGCAAGGUGCAAAACAAGCCCAAGAAGGAGAUUGAACCAGAAGCUAAUCAGAAAUCAAACAUUGAUAUGAAUGACAACACUAGAAACCGGACCAGCAAUAGAGUUGCAUUGGAGAAGGGUGUGGGUGGAAAUUGCAAGGCGAAGGAGCACCACCAAGAGGAAGAGAUCAAGGUACUGCCUGAUAAUGCUGUUGUGAAGACAGUGAUUGUGCCAUCAGGGGUUGACAACCAUAAACCUCAGACAUUAACAAGAAGUAGAUCUUCUAGGAGAUCAUCAAGAGACUUGGACAUCAAUCCUGAAGCUCUACUGAAUCCUCCACUGACCUACACCUCCCUACUCCUUGAAGACAUCCAUAACUUCCAUCAAAAGAACACACAGCAACAACCUUCUGUUUCUCUCCCAGCUUGUCUCACCAAAGCCUGCUCCAUCCUUGAAGCUGUUGCUGAUCUCAACUCUGCCACCAGCUCCAAUUUCUCUAGUGCUAAUCAUCAAGGGAAGAGAGUGGCAGAUACUAAGGACCCUUUUGUAGAAUCUGAGGUAGUUGUGAGUGAUGAUGUGAUGGAACCAAGCUUGCACAAGUAUGUGACAGUGAAGAGGGGUGGCUCAAUAGACAUGGACGACCAAGAGUCUUCAGGAAGCAACAGUUUCAGUGUUAGCAGUGCUCAACAGCACUGGGGGGUUUCCUCUUCUUCAUGGGAACCCAGUUCUGCAGACUCAACAGAUUGCUGGACCUCAAGAUUGAACAACUCCAGAGAUGAGUGUCAGAAAUGUCCCUUAGGCUUGGGUGGUAGUUUGUUGUCAUCUGAUAUGGUUGAAGCAAGGAAGAAGAAGACAUUGAACAGCGAAAGGAGAGACUGUGAUCAUCAGCAUAGCGGUGGGAUAGGGCGUGGAAGGCUUGGUUCCAAUAAGGGUCUUCACAACACUUUACCUGUGGUCACAGCUGCUGCAUCAACAUAGUGCAUUUUUAGAUUACAUGGUGGAUUUUCUGGGAGAAUCUGAAUGUGAAUCUAAGCAUGCUAAUAGAUGUGAUGAUGAUAUGUGAAUUGACCUUGCUGUUGUAUCUUCUAAUACUCAAUGAGUUUGACAUUUCUUUUGUUUGAAGUUGCAUGCUUGCAACAGUUAAUUUCUUCUAGUUUAGUUAAAGCAAAUUCAAGAUGAUCUCAUCUUUGCCAUUUUCCAUAUUCUGUCCAUGAACAAUUUUUGUUGAUUCUUA